GGUUUUGGUUUAAUGAAACAGCAGGGUCUAAAAAGGUGGACAAUGGUUUAAAAAAAAAGUCAUUUUGUAUAAGUGUGGUGUUUAGUAUAUAAGCUGUGAAGUUUUGUAUAAGCUACAAAAAUUAUCGAUUAAAAAUCGAUUUGUGUUUAUCGAGAAAAGCACAACGAUUCAAAGUUGGAAGGUUAUUGUGUUGAACAACAAAUCAAGUUGUUCUAACAUGGAAGAUCCAGUUGCGCCGGUCUUCAAAAAAAGAAAGUUCAAUGCGAAAAACCGAGGGAGAAAAAGACAGGCGUCGGCCAGUGAAGACUCAUCAAGCAGCGAGGAUGAUACACAGGUGGUGAGGAAGCAGCAUCGCAAGCAACUGCACAAUCCUAUGAUACAAUCGACUAUUCGGGAAAAGAAGAAGGUCCACCUUUCAGACCAUGAACGCAGCAGCUCAGAGGAGGACUUGGUCCGUGUGUCAUACAAAUCAAAAAGAAACCCCGAACCGUCGCUCCCUUCUGACCAGGGUGCGACUGCGACAGUCGAAAUUGAUACUCCGUUAGACCGGGAUGCUCAGGCCAUUUAUGAAAAAUCCCUGGCAAUAAACAAAGACCUGAAAGGAAAGGAGGACGACAAAAUCUACAGAGGAAUGGCCAAUUACACGCAAUUUUACGAAAAGAGAGAUACCGCUCAAGGAAACGCUUCCAGCGGAAUGGUCAGAAAAGGACCGAUCAGAGCGCCGACCAAUUUGAGAGCAACUGUCAGAUGGGAUUACCAGCCUGAUAUUUGCAAAGAUUACAAAGAAACUGGAUUUUGUGGCUUUGGAGACAGCUGCAAAUUUUUGCAUGAUAGGAGUGACUACAAGCACGGUUGGCAGUUGGAGCAGGAGACUAGUCAAAAGGGCCAAGAUAAUGACUCCGACAAUUAUGAGAUCGAUUCUGACGACGACCAGCUUCCUUUUAAGUGCUUCAUAUGCCGAGAGUCAUUCGUGAACCCAAUCGUGACAAAGUGUAGGCAUUAUUUCUGCGAGAAAUGUGCUCUGGACCAGUACAAAAAGUCGACGAGGUGUUUCAUUUGCAAUACACAGACGAACGGCGUUUUCAACCCGGCUAAAGAGAUAAUAGAAAAGAUGAAACCAGUUGAGAGCAAUAAAAAAAGCGAUUCAGAUCUGUCCGACGAUGAAUGAGAAUCUUUUUUUUUUAAAUUA